CAGCCAAAAAAAAAAAAAAGGCACAUAAAAAUAUAUUUAUACCAAAUCAAUAAAAUAUAGCAAGUAAACCUCCUAUAAUUUUCUUCUGUAUCACUUUGUAGUUUGUGAUGCUCGUUAUGGAUUUUCCAACAUGCCCGUGAAACCAACGACGAAGACUGGGAUUUUCUAUGUACGGCUCUACUACUUGAAGUGCUCAGGCUAUAUAAUUCGUUCUUCAUGCUUCUCUACUCAAACACUAUCACACCCAUCUCUCAUAUCGGCCAAAGCUCAGAGCUCGGGGAGAUUGCUUGUUUACUGCAAUUCCCAGAUCACAAAAUAUGGAAGAAAUGGAAAUAUUUUAGAAGCCGAGUCGCUCUUCAACCGCAUGCCCAACAGGGACACCAUCUCCUGGACUGCCAUGCUCACUGCCUAUGCUCAAAAUGGCGAAAUCGUCAAAGCACGGGACUUGUUCGACAAAAUGCCACAACGAAACACUGCUUCGUAUAAUGCGAUGAUCUCGGCUUAUAUUAAGAACAGUUGUAUGAUUGAUGAAGCUGCUGAAUUGUUUAGGAGGAUACCCGAGUGUAAUGCGGUCUCUUAUGCUGCUAUGGUUACGGGUUUUGUACAGGCGGGGAUGUUUGACAAGGCUGAGAAGUUGUAUAGCGAGACGCCAGUUAGGCUACGAGAUCCAGUUUGUUCGAAUGCAUUGAUUAGUGGGUGUUUGAAACUCGGGAGAUUGGGAGAGGCAUUUCGUGUUUUUGAUGGAAUGUUGGAUAGAGAUGUGGUUUCUUGGAGUUCUAUGGUUGAUGGGUGUUGCAAACUGGGAAAGAUUGUUGAUGCUAGAUGUUUGUUUGAUAGGAUGCCAGGUAGAAAUGUGGUUACUUGGACAUCGAUGAUUGAUGGGUAUAUGAAGAAUGAGGAGUUUGAAGAGGGUUUUAAAUUAUUUCUGGAAAUGAGAAGGGAACAGAAAAUGGAAAUAAAUUCCACUACAUUCAGUGUAAUGUUUGAAGCUUGUGGUAGUUUUGCUGGAUAUGAAGAAGGCAUUCAGAUGCACGGUCUGGUUUCACGUACGGGAUUCGAUUUUGAUGUCUUCUUAGGAAAUUCUAUCAUCACCAUGUAUUGCCGGUUUGGUUACCUUGAUGCAGCUAGUAAGAUAUUUCAUUUGAUGAGAAAGAGAGAUGUAGUAUCAUGGAAUUCCUUGAUUGCAGGUUAUGUUCAGUGUAAUGAGACUGAAGAAGCUUUUAAGCUCUUUCACAGAAUGCCUAUAAAGAAUGUAGUUUCCUGGACAACUGUUAUUUCAGGAUUUUUUAACCAAGGGUUGAGUGAUAAAGCAAUCCAUUUGUUUGAAAUGAUGCCGGAGAAGGAUAGUGUUUCUUGGACUGCUUUAGUUUCAGGUUUUGUGAACAACGGGGAUUAUGAAAAGGCUUUUCGUUGGUUUAUUCAGAUGCUUCGGAGAGCAGUCAGGCUUGAACCUCUCACCUUUAGCAGCAUGCUCAGUGCUUCAGCUGGUUUGGCAACUCUAAACCAAGGAGUCCAGAUCCAUGCUCUUGUAUUAAAGAUGGGUUUGGAGUUUGAUUUGUCUAUUCAAAAUGCUUUAGUUUCUAUGUAUUCCAAGUGUGGAAAUGUAGUUGAUGCCUAUCAGAUAUUCACAAAGAUUAAUUCACCCAAUGUCAUUUCUUAUAAUUCAAUGAUUACUGGGUUUUCCCAAAAUGGGCUUGGAGAAGAAGCACUUAAUUUAUUUAGCAAAUUGCAGAAUGAAGGGUGUGGACCAAACGAAGUCACCUUUCUGGGUGUUCUUUCGGCCUGUGUCCAUGUUGGUUUAGUAGAAGAAGGAUGGAAAUAUUUCAAAAUGAUGAAACCUUUAUACAGCAUAGAACCAGGGCCUGAUCACUAUGCUUGCAUGGUUGAUCUACUUGGCCGAGCUGGAUUACUUGACAAAGCAAUGGAAUUGAUCAAUUCAAUGCCAUUUGAUUCUCAUCCUGGGGUAUGGGGAGCACUUCUUGGUGCCAGCAAAACCCAUUUACGCCUUGAUCUUGCACAGCUUGCAGCUCAAAAACUUAUGGAACUGGAGCCUGAUAAUCCAACUCCUUAUGUUGUCUUGUCCAAUUUAUGUUCUCUUUCGGGGAAAAAGCAAGAUGGGGACCAAGUAAGAAUGGCCAAGAAAUCGAAAGGAUUAAGGAAGAGUCCGGGUUGUAGCUGGGUUAUAUUGAAGGACAUGGUUCAUUUGUUCCUUGCAGGAGAUCAAUCUCAUGUGGACUGGGAGAAGAUUAAAGUAAUACUAUGGUUGAUAACCAUGGAAAUGAGACAUUUGCAUUGUCAUAGAUAAUGACUUUGGUGAUCUAUGCUUCAUUGAAAUUUUGACUUCUUAAUUUAGAGACUAAGAUAAAGUGUUUUACUUCUUUCAAUAUUUCCUCGAUUCCCAGACUUUUUCUGGGAGGAAACAGAGCACUAUUGAAGGUAUUUUAAAAGUUUUGAUGGAGAAGACAAUAUCUACAUUGGACUAGACUUGGUAGUUUAUAAAAUUUCUGAAUAAGAUAUAAAGACUACGAAAGCUUGAUAGUGA